AUGGCCGACGAUUACGCCGCCGGCGCGGUGCAUGCCCUGACCGCGGGCAGCAGCGAGCUGCGCGGCAUCCUUGCGGCGGCCGCCCGCCGCUCGCAGCUCGUGCUGGUGGACUUCUCCGCGGCCUGGUGCGGCCCCUGCCGCGCCAUGGAGCCCGUGCUGCGGUCGCUGGCCGCGGAGCACCGCGGCAGGCUGGCCGUCAUCAAGGUGGACUGCGAGCAGACUGCCGCCAACCAGGACUUGGCUGCCACCAGCGCAAUAAGGGCCUUCCCCACCUUCCACCUGUUCCGCAGCCAGCAGAAGGUGGGGGAGCUGCGGGGCGCCGACCAGGCGGGCCUGCGCCGCGCCAUCCAGCAGCAGCUGUCGCAGCUGGGCCCCGGCGGCAGCGGCGGCGGCGGCGGCCGAGGGCCCAUGGCCGCCGCGCUGGUGGCGGCGCUGGCGCGCGUCAAGGCCGCCUGCUCCUUUGAAGAGUUUGUGACGGCGGCCAGCACGCUGCUCACGUUUGUGGGCAAUGCGCUGGACCACCCCGGCGAGGAGAGGUACCGGCGCAUCAAGCUCAGCAACGCCGCCUUCCAGUCCAAGCUGGGCUGCCGGCCGGGCGGCAAGGAGUGCAUGGCGGCCAUCGGAUUCAGGUGGGCGCCUCGGCGGGGGGGCACCUGGUGGUGGAGCAGGCGGCGGCGGCGGCGGCACGGCGGGCUCGCACGCGUGCGGUUCGGGAGGUGGGAGGGAGCAGGUCCGUGA